AUGUUCUCUUCCAGCAAGAAUUCGCACUUUUUUCCGCAGAUUGCACCAUCUUUUGACACAUCGACCUCUUUUCACUGCCUAAAUAGCAGUGAAACUUUGCUUCACCACCACGACGAUAUGUUUUCUGGCCAUUAUAAUUUAGUAGAUAAUUCUCCAGUUCUUCAGGCCGCCAUUGACUUGCCAGUUCCUAGCGACACUGUAUUAGGUUAUCAAGAUGUUGGCAGGCUAAAUAUAGAUCUUGGGACUUCUGUAAAUGCGUUUCCAAGGAGAAAAGGGACAGUGAAAAAUGACAGGCACAGCAAAAUCUUUACAGCUACAGGUCCGAGAGAUCGAAGAGUGCGGCUUUCCAUAAGUAUUGCACGUAAGUUCUUUGAUCUUCAAGACAUGCUAGGUUUCGACAAACCAAGCAAAACCCUUGACUGGCUGCUUACAAAUUCAAGAACAGCAAUCAAGGAGCUGAUUCGCACGGAACAAAGUACCUACAACAUUCAUUCUUCUCCUUUUGAGUGCGGGAAUAAUAAAGCUGAUGAAAAAGGGAAAUCCUUGGGGACAAAUUUAAAGAAAAAAUCAUUGAUAAAUGCUACCAACAUUAAAGAAGCAAAGAACCCACAACAGGCUUCAACAUUACUCAUUGCAAGAGAUUCAAGGGCAAAGGCGAGAGCAAGAGCAAGGGAAAGAACAAGAGAGAAAAUGUGUAGCAAAAGGCUCAAUAUUCAAGCCAGCCAGGUUUCUGAUUUCAGCAAAUCCAUUUCAAGCCAACCAAGACCUUCUUCUUCAAUUUUUGGUUUCCAGCAAAACCAUAUGGUUUCAAGUGAUUUGACUCCAAAUUGCAAUGCAUCUUCUCCUAAUUAUGCCGCUGAGAACUGGGAUAUUAGUUGCAUAGUCAGGCAAUCCAGAUUGUGA